AGGAAUAGCAAAGCCAUGGUUGAUAUUACUAGUAUUUGUAUGGAAACAUCCUCAGGUAGUGUAGAUUUUGAUUUGUUAGAAUUAUUACGGGGGCCGGGGGAGGGACUGGAUUUGUUCAAAUUAUAUUCCCCUGGCUUCCUUUUAAAGAUCAAAAUGGAAAACACAUGCAACAACUGUGGAAUUCAAAGAGAGGGAAUGCAGAAGUGUGGACGAUGCCACUUGACGUACUACUGCAGUAAAGAGUGCCAGAAAAGGGACUGGAAAACGAACCACAAAACACAGUGUGAUGACCUGAAGAAUGCUAGAGAUACGGAGAUAAACGAUAGAAAGGGUAAUUCCUCUUCUAGUGGAUUUCUUAAACAGUCAUUGAGAGAUUCGACUGAUCUUCCUUCGAGUGCAUUGUGUAUGUUUUGUGGAACUAGUUCAGGACAACUCAAGAAAUGCGGACGUUGCCUGACUGUCAGCUAUUGCUCGAAAUCAUGUCAAACGCAAGACUGGCCCGACCAUAAAACCGUUUGCAAAAAUAAGGACAUUGUUGACGUUAUACAGACCGAUGGGUACAAGGAACAGUUGAAGAAAUCAAAAUCAGACAGAAUUCUUUCGCAAGCGACCCAGGGCCGUAAUAGUUUUACUGCUUUUGAUAAUGGAGACCAAGUGAUGUUUGGACCCUCAACAAUGUUCAGAACGGAUUCCGCCGAUCUUUCUCUGCGAAAGUCAACAACAAAAGACCUUAGAAGACAGGCAAAGAUAUACGUUGAACGAAAGUUUCCCAUGCAGUACAUUAUUGACGAUAUUGAAGAAAUACCCCAUGAGCUUCCUUUGAGUUUUGGUAAUGCAAGAGUGUCCUUCGUGGGGUUUAUUUCCAGAUACCACCACUAUAGAGGGCGCCACUGUGUGUAUAUACAGGAUGGAAAUAAUACUGAGAUAUACGUCGGAUUUUACCUUGAUUACGAUAAUCCCUAUCCGUAUUUUACCUGGGGAGAUGUUCGCCCUGGCAAGUUCAUCUGUCUCCACAAUCCCAGAAUUCACUUCUUUCUGGAUGGAUCUGUCGGUAUCCGCGUUAAUGAAAGCAGCGAGGCCUUCUUUUUCGACGUCUGAAUUCCUUGACUCUUUGAUUAGGCUUAAUACUUCAUUUUAAAAAUACAUAACUGAAUGUACUCUUUCAUGUCUGGUUGUGACGUUUUCUUUAAAACAUGUUUGUUAAAGUAAUUAAUGUUUUUGAUUCUGAUGCUAUUAUUUAACAGUCUUUAUUGAUUACAUGUAUGCAAAACAUCCAGGAAUAAAAUUGAAAAACAAAUACGUGAUUCAUUUUAUUGCACUUAACUGAUAUUGGUACGAUAAACUUCACCUGAGAUCAUAGGAGUUAUCUAUAUUUUUCAUUCGACAAGAUAUGUAAAAAAUUACAUAUACUAGUGAUUUGAUAUGUGAUUUGAAAAGAACGUUUAGGUUCUUUCUUAAAUAUGUUGUGUUUGAUUACAAUUUUGAAUAAACAUCUGAUAGAAACUUUUCAUUUUCAAAUUGGUGUGAUAUUUAUUAAACUUUCAUUAUUUGUUAGACAUAUGUAUAUGUUUUACAUAAUAUUGAUAUAAAGAGAAAAGUCAUUUAUACGUGUAGUGUACUUUUUGAAUCCUUCAAGGUUCUCAAUUUGAUUUGUUGAAUUUUUGAGUGUAGAGUGUAAGCUAAAUCCACUAUAUAAGAUACACUACAUUCAAAUUACAGAAUCAUAAUAGAAACUUUUAUGCCUCCUAUUUUUCCAAAUGUUAUGAAAAAAGACAAAUGUAUAUUGAAUUUGUAUUUUAUCUAUCAAAAUAAAAGUUUUGAUCAAUUAACAAAAA